AUGUUCGUUUUGCCUCGAUUGGAUUGCUUUGAUGAGAUGUGCUUGUUGAUUCAAUUGCAGAUAAAUGUGAAAGGCUGCGUGCUUACACGAGGCUGUGAUCCAGGAAAAUGGUAUGUUCAGAAAUUCCGAUUCUGCGGCGACCUCGACUGUCCAGACUGGAUUCUGGCUGGCAUUUCAGCGCUUAGUGGAGUGUCUUCUAUAAAAGUGAAAACCAUGGGAGCUGCUGUCAUUAGUGGUCUUCUUGGAGACAACUUCGAUAUUGAGAAAGUUAGGAAACAGUGGCCAGCAAAAGCAGCAGGGGAUGCCUCUGAUGGAAAAGACGGGGAAAUUGACAAAGAGCUGAGCCUCUGUUGCAGCACAUUGGAGUUUAUUUUUCAUUCAGCUGCGAAAAAUGCGGUAGAUUUGAAAGUCCUUGGUGAAGAACUGCAACAGCUUGGUCUCCCGAAAGAGCAUGCGACAGCCUUGAGUAAACUGCAUUCCAGCCACGGAGACGAUUUGAAGUCCUUUUGCAAUCAGAACUCCCUCAGAGUAAAUCCAUUCCACGGAAUCGAGUGGAAAGUGGUGAUGUCACCUGGGGAAGGUUGCGAAUGGGACUCAAGAGCCGUUGUAAACUUUCUCACGGAAGACCAACGUUCUAGUGAAAAAGUCCGCAAUAUCGUCUCGUUGGACCAACUGCAGUUAAGAGCUCUAUUAACUGUCGAUCGGGAUUCUUUUCUUUGCCAUGGAAAGAUUUUAGGAGGGUCAGUGUUCAAGGGCGUUUUCACAAAAAUCGCAAAGCUUACCCGAAAUCUCGACAGUCGCGAACGCCACCGUGAGGAGAGGAGCGGAAGUAUUUCUGAGCAAAUCCCACACUUGCAACGUGCCAUUCGUCAUCCCCAGAACGAAAGUGGAUCCUGCGGUACCGUGGGUUCGCCGCCGUCACUGCUAACGAAGGAGAUCUCAGCCUGA